GAACUAAGUCAUUUAGGUACCUCUCAAGGAUUCAUUCUUUAAACCCGAAUCAUCUACCCAGCCCCGGCACGUCUCGAAAUCCAACAAGCUAUCCUAGCUAUCUUAUUUUCGUUAUGCCUCCCACCAAGACGAAAAAUUCUGAUAAAUUCGAAUCUCAAUUCAUCAAUGUUACCAAUUCCGUAUUUCUUGACAGCAAAGCCAGGACUUCCGUUCGCUCACAGGUAAUGCGGGAGUAUCAUAGGCGCCGAACGCAAAAACACGAUGAUCCAGGGUCUCACAACAACCACGGAGACGGAUCUCAAGUUCCAUUAAGUGCGAAAGAGCAAACUCAGAGAUACAGACUCGACGGGAAGAAGACAUUUAAGGCUUGGCUGCCGGUAACUCUUGGCGACUAUCGAAUGUCUUCUGAUAAAGAAGGCACAAGGAAAACAGAGAAGAGCGCGAGAGAGACUCAUUCGAUAAGAAAAGCGAAUUUGUUGUCAAACGAGACAAAUAACGCGCUACCCAGCGUUUCGAAUGAGGAAGAUUUGCCCAAAAAGUUUAAGGAGCUCCAAGACUUACUGGCAAGACUAAGCCUGGCGACUUCCGUCACUAGAGCACCCGCAAUAGCAGCAAUAGACCCUUUCGACUCUGUGUCUCUUCUCCUCGACUCGAGAACACAACUGUUGCUACAUCACUAUUUCAAUCAAAGAUUGCACUCUUCUUGGCUCAUGAUGCCUAUGCGUAAAGGUCUCUUCUCAAUUGCUGUCCAUGAUGCAGCUUUAUUCCACACCUUUCUCGCUCAUUAUGUAGCAAGUUAUGACCUACGAUAUGGGGCUGGUGACCCGGCGGAGAGUCUCUACCAUCGUAUGGAAGCUGUACGAAUAGUUAACGAAAGGCUCGCGACUGCUCACAAUACACUAUCAGAUGGGACAAUAGCUGCGGUCGCAAACAUGGCUGUUUAUGAAGCAUCGAACGGCUCUUUGGACAGUAUGGCUGUACAUCUCAAAGGAUUGGAAGAGAUGGUUAACAUGAGAGGCGGUAUUCUGGAGGGAGGAUUUGAUCCUAACGUCCGGCGAUUGAUAGCAUGGACGGAUCUCCACUGUGCGAACGCUCUAUCACAACCAACGCGAUUUCCGCCACUCUCAGUCGCCAGGUAUCCCGAUAGCCCUCUUUCCCAGAUGAAUAUUGAUGCCGAAGACCGCAAUCUCCAGUCGUCAAUAGCCAACAGUUUAAGGACCGACUUAACACUUAUUUCAGAACAAUCACUACUCGAGUGGACUAUGUCUGAGGUUCGAGACAUGUCUUUGUCGCUACAGCAUGUUCGAUGCAGUUCUUCUACCCCUCAAGAGAAUAUUUGGUACAGCGACAAAGUGUAUUAUCUCCAAUUUUGCCUCUUGGAAGUGUUACACAGCCCAAAAUCCAGCCACUUAGAGGUUGCAACGUCAAUCGCCGCUCUGAUCUAUUGCUCUGUUUGUUUUCGUGAUCUCAGCUUCAAUUUCCGAGUCGUCGGUGAAACUGUCGUCCGACUGGAAGCUGUUCUUCAGAAUGUGUUCUACGAAGCUGCAAACCUUGGGAAGGACUACGAAAAUCUGCUGUGGAGUUUGAUAGUCGGCGGUAUGGCAGCUGAAGGAAAGCCAGAGCGAGAAUGGUUUGUCGUCCAGUUAGCCGCCAUUGGUCGCACGCUGAGCAUCAUGAAUUGGGACGGCUGUAAAGGUAUGCUCAGAAGAUUGAGCUGGCAAGUUGAGCUUGAUUCUUUCGGCUCAAGACUAUGGCGAGAAGCAUGCGCCACAUCGAUUGAAUGAUAUUCUCCGAAAAGAAUGCGCAUCUAGAGAUAAUUUUCCUACGGUUCAAAAGCUCUCAUCACGAUGACUUGAACAUCUGUGCUCCCGACUUGAAAACUCUCAUUUCACCAGCAGAUAAGAAUAAGUCAGAGA